UUUACGCGCAGUGGCUCAUGGGAAAAAGGUCAGGAGUCGAUGGGUGCUGAAGAUGCGUGAUCUUUAUUAAGCGGAUUAUCUUUUGUAGCGCUAGUUAAACCCGAACGUUUAAUCUGCCUGCUAUUGUAAACAGAACCGCUCGGUUCUCCCAGUUAAAACCCAGAUGGACCCAGAACCCGCCGCGGUCUGAUUGCCUGCCUGGUUACCUAACCAGCGUUGUUAUUGUUUCCACUCGGCUGCUGUCUCCGGGCCCCCACAGCUGAAGCGCCGGGCUGAGGGAUGGUUUUCCAUCGGGUUCGGGAAGAUGGAUGAGAAGUCCACCAGCAGCCACCAGCGGCUCCUGGUCUUCCUGCUCAUGGUGUUGAUUUUCGGCGUUUUUAUGAUCCAGUAUGCCUGCCCCAGCAGCUCAGAGUGCAGAAUGCUCCACCAGCUGGGGGCCUGGUUUACCCUCGGGGGUAAACGUGGUACCCAUAACGGAGAAAGUGUAUCGCAGGACGGGCUCCAGAAGGACCCCUACAUAGCGGAAGACGGCGCUCUGGCCAGAUUUGUCCCUCGAUUCAACUUCACCAAACCUGAUCUAAAUCGCGAUGUGGUCUUCAACAUCAAAGGGGAUGAUGUCAUAGUAUUUCUGCACAUUCAAAAGACGGGGGGCACAACCUUUGGCCGACACCUGGUCCGUAAUAUUCAGCUGGAGAGGCCCUGUGAGUGCCAUGCAGGUCAGAAAAAGUGCACCUGCCUCAGGCCAGGUAAGAAGGAAACCUGGCUCUUCUCUAGGUUUUCCACCGGCUGGAGCUGCGGACUUCAUGCAGACUGGACUGAACUGACCCGAUGUGUCCCGUCACGCAUGGAUUCCAGAGAGACCCAGAAAAACCAGCCCAGUAGAAACUAUUACUACAUUACAAUUUUAAGAGAUCCAGUGUCACGUUACCUGAGUGAGUGGCGUCACGUGCAACGCGGAGCCACUUGGAAGGCCUCCCUCCACGUGUGUGACGGACGCUCACCAACAGUGUCAGAGCUGCCAGGCUGUUAUUCAGGAGAUGACUGGUCAGGUUGCUCCCUGCAAGAGUUCAUGGACUGCCCCUACAACCUGGCCAGCAACCGACAGACCCGCAUGUUGGCCGACCUAAGUCUGGUGGGUUGCUACAAUGUCUCCACCAUGAGCGAGGACGAACGCUGGCCAGUGCUUCUGGACAGUGCUAAGCGCAACCUAAAGGGGAUGGCCUUCUUUGGCCUAACCGAAUACCAGCGGAAGACCCAGUACCUCUUCGAAAGAACAUUCAACUUGCAGUUCAUCGCUCCUUUCACACAGCUGAACGGGACACGUGCUUCCAGUGUUGAGGUACCCCCUGAGACGCAGGAAAGAAUUCGCCGGCUAAACCGAUGGGACGUGGAGCUGUAUGACUAUGCCCGUGACCUUUUCCUGCAGCGUUUCCAGGUGGCAAGACAGCAGGAGCACCGGCAGGCCAGGGAGCAGCGACAACUGGAGAGGAGGCGGCUCCGUGGAAGGUUCUCACAAAAACAAGGGAGGCGGUCGAAGCCGACUGAAACGGCACGUCCGACCGGUGUCGAAACUGAGGAGCAGCAGAGGGAGAUGGCAGCAGAGGACAGCGUGGAGUCAGAAGUGCUUUUCCCAGACUGGUGGGAUGUAGAUGAGAAUAGCACAAUGGAGGACUACAUAGGCAAUGUUGAGCACUGGUAGCAGCAGGCUGCCCUUAUAGGAAGUCUACCAAGAUUUGCCUUGUCAAUUUUUGCUAAUUCAGGUUAUUUUCAGUAAAUGCCUUAUUUUCUUAUUCUUUUGUGACCAUGAAUUGUUUUAAAUGUGGCUUUAAUUUAUUUAAACUGAUUGUACUUCUUUGUUACAACUGACGUUCUAAUCGGGUCCUUUCACGCAAGGAAUGAAAUCUACCUUCAGCAUGAUUUUUUUGACUUUUAAACACAUUUGAACUCUUUUUUUUUUUUUUGCUUUUUUGCCAAAAAGCACUACAUUUGUGUGAUUAACAGUCUUUGUUUGCCAAAAUGUUGUCUUGAAUAUUUUGAAAUAUACUUGUCUGUGUCUUUUAAACAGUGGAACAGGAAAACGAGUUCAUCGGUACCUCAAUAUGUGGCAUUACCUGUUAAUGUUGUAAAACAUUGGAAUUUGUCUUUUUUUAUAUAUAAACUAUGCUUUUACAUUUA